AUGAUAUUCUCUUCUGUUCACACUCAUUCAAUUGAUAUAAAUCGCGCAGGUCAAUUAAAUUAUAAAAUAAAUUCAGUUGGUACAAUUCUUUAUAUUGAUGUUACAAAUCGUUUACCUGUAUCACUUCGACUAUCAGGUGCUGUUGAAUAUUGUUGUACAUUAUCACAUUGUUUUGGCGUUCGUGUACUAGGUGGCGAUUUUGGAACAUUUGAAACAAAUGAAAAGAAAAAUAUCACAUUUCUGUGGUCUGGUAGAGAGUUUCAACGUCUAGAUGGUUAUUGCAAUGUGACACUGGUCUAUGCACCCGAUGGAGUAACAAAUCAUUUCAGAACUGUUCAGAUUACAGUGAAUUAUAUGCUGAAUAAUGUCCUGUUAAUUCAACGAAAACCACGAUCUAAAAAGAAGAAAAAACGUAGUAUAGAUGUCCUGUCAUUCAUUGGUAGCGAUGAACAAGAGACAUUAAGUGAAGAAGAUCUAGAUGAUAACAGUCCAUUUCAAACGCCUAAUAGACAAGAUAAGCAUUAUGUCAAAUGUUUACAAUCAAAUCAUCUGCUAAAUCGUUAUCAUAAUCGAUGUGAAAAUCUGAAUUAUUUAAGUCAGAAAUUUUCAUAUGAUUUAUUCCAUUAUAAUAAAACUUUAACACAAUCAGAUUUAUUUCAGUCAUACGAUCAUCGACAAAUAAAAACUCUCUGUAUCAAUGGAAAACAAGAAAAUCAACAAUGUAUCUGCAAUACGGGUUAUGUAUCUGUGCCAAUUAAUCAAAAAUUGUAUCGUCCACUGAAUUAUAUUCAUAAAUUAUGUACACAUCGAAUAACUCCCGUUAAACAUAUGAAUUUACAUUUAAUGAUAAUUAUUGCUUGUUUUCUAUUUGGUCUAUAUUUGGCCAUUCUAAUUAUAUCAGGGCUUCUAGUUGGAACAUAUUAUAUGCAAAUAGAGCGAAAGCAUACGACGGCAGUAAUAAAUCAAAAUCAAAAUACAGAAGAGGAAGAUGAGCAGAAUUCAGAGAUGGCCACAAGUUCGUCGUCAAGCGUAAACAAUUUGAGUCCAAAUGAUAACUGUACAAUGUCUAAAUCCAUCAGUUAUGUGCAACCAUUUGUCAUAUUAGAAUUACCGAUCGAUUUACAAAAAAAUGUCGAUGAACAAAUUGUUACAAAAUAA